AGAAGUGAAAGCUAAUUCCAUCUAAAUGAGCUGCCUGAGGUUGAGCAAAAGCUUGUUCAAGUUUAGAAGUGACGAAGUCUAUGAAAGAAAUCAACCCAGAUUUGAAGUUUAUUUCUAUAAUAAUAAUAAAAAUAAUGAAUUUCAACAACACUGCAUGUCUAAAUCCCUUCUCAGAAACACAACCAGAACCCAUGUCUCAUUUUCAAACAAAAACAACAACAACAACAACCACUUUCUUGAUAAUGAUUUAAUAGAAGAAGAAGAAGAAGAAGAAGAAGAUAGAAAAUUAGUUCAUUGUGAGGUGGAAGUAAUAUCGUGGAGGGAACGCAGAAUCAAGGCCCAAAUAUCCAUUCAUGCUCGCAUCCAAUCUGUUUGGAACGCUCUCACUGAUUACGAGCGCCUUGCCGAUUACAUUCCCAAUCUUGUUUCCAGUGGGAGAAUAGCUUGCCCUCAUCCUGAGCGGAUAUGGUUGGAGCAAAGAGGCUUGCAACGGGCACUCUAUUGGCAUAUUGAAGCACGUGUCGUUUUGGAUCUUCAAGAAUUUCCCAUUUCUGCUAAUCAUCGUGAGCUCCACUUUUCCAUGGUUGAUGGAGAUUUUAAGAAGUUUGAAGGCAAAUGGUCCUUAAAUUCUGGGACAACAAGGUCUUCAUCAACAAUUUUAUCAUAUGAAGUUAAUGUGAUACCAAGAUUCAAUUUCCCCGCCAUUUUCUUGGAGAGAAUUAUCAGAUCAGAUCUUCCUGUAAAUCUUAAAGCAUUGGCUUGUAGAGCUGAAAAAAAUUUCAAAGGGAUACAGAGAAUAGCACUCACAGGGAAUUCCUUUGUUGGAAAAUCCACGGGUGGUGUUAGUUCAUUCCACAAGAGCUUUGAUGGCGCCUUGUGUGAGAUGGGUAAAUUGUCACUUGGAGAGUUUAAAGAGAGAUUUGCUGGAUCUAAUUUUGGUCCCCUGUCUCCAUCUUCUAGUGAGUUGAACAGUAACUGGGGUAUUUUUGGAAAAGUUUGUAGACUUGAUAGACCUUGCAUGGUGGAUGAAGUUCAUCUUCGUAGAUUUGAUGGUCUAUUGGAAAACGGAGGCGUUCAUCGUUGUGUUGUUGCAAGCAUCACAGUAAAAGCUCCUGUUCACAAAGUUUGGAGUGUUUUAACUGCUUAUGAAAGUCUUCCUGAAAUAGUUCCAAAUUUAGCCAUCAGCAAAAUACUGUCACGUGAAAACAACAAGGUCCGCAUUCUUCAGGAAGGAUGCAAGGGCCUACUUUAUAUGGUACUUCAUGCACGGGUUGUGCUAGACUUGUGCGAACAUCUUGAACAGGAGGUUAGCUUUGAACAGGUUGAAGGGGACUUUGACUCAUUUCAAGGUAAAUGGCUUCUUGAGCAACUAGGAAAUCAUCACACACUGUUAAAGUACACUGUGGAGUCAAAAAUGCGCAAGGAUACCUUUCUUUCUGAAGCUAUUAUGGAGGAGGUUAUAUAUGAAGAUCUCCCAUCAAAUUUAUGUGCAAUUCGAGACUAUGUUGAAAGAAGGGAAGUAGCUCACUCACUGGAAUCAUGUGACCAAAAUAGAUAUUCAGAGGAACGAAGUGCUUCAUCUAGCAUUGAUAUAGUUGGUGAUUGUAGUAGUAUAACAACUGAGCAGGUCUCUGAUUUAAAUGGUGAAGGUUCAUUUAGACAAAGGCCCAGGGUCCCAGGCCUACAAAGGGAUAUAGACGUUCUUAAAGCUGAGCUCCAUAAAUUUAUUUCAGAACAUGGGCAGGAAGGAUUUAUGCCCAUGAGAAAGCAGCUUCGUUUGCAUGGAAGGGUAGACAUUGAGAAGGCAAUCACACGCAUGGGUGGAUUUAGAAGGAUUGCCUCACUGAUGAAUCUUUCUCUUGCAUACAAACACCGGAAACCAAAGGGAUACUGGGACAACCUUGAAAAUCUGCAGGAAGAGGUAAAUAGCUCUCUGAAUAAGAUAAGUCGGUUCCAGAGAAGCUGGGGAAUGGACCCUUCAUUCAUGCCCAGUAGAAAGACAUUUGAGCGUGCAGGGCGCUAUGACAUUGCACGAGCAUUGGAAAAAUGGGGGGGCCUCCAUGAAGUUUCACGUCUUCUCUCACUCAAGGUCAGGCACCCCAAUAGGCAAGGGAAUCCUUCCAAAGAUAUAAAAAUUGAUUAUAUAACAUCAACUGAUGCAGGGGGAGAAAGUAAGACACCAUCAAAACCCUAUAUUUCUUUAGAUACGCAAAAGUGGCUCAAAAAGCUAAAAACAUUUGGACAUCAAUUGGGUUGAAUGAGACUGCAACCAUUCAUUUAUCUAUAUAUCGGUGAUGCUAAUAGUCUUUUUAAAUGGUAUUGCUAUGAUGAUUGAUUCACUGGUCUGUUAUUCAGGUGGAUGUUCUCAGACUUUAUACAUCCCCCUCCCCAAUAAUUCAAUGGUUGGGAGAAGGAAAUUUGAACUC